AUGGAGGAAAGCUGUGUGCCUGUCCAAAACCCAGUACCCUGCAAGCCAGGAACUCGUGCUAAUCCUGCUGUAGAGGAGGAGAACUCCUCAGAUGAAGGAGAUGAUGUACUAAUUCCAAUUUAUUCAGGGUCUCCUGUUCCCACAGUUUGUGAAAGUCCUGUGGAACCUGAUCUAUUGUUGACUAAUGUACAAGAUACACAGCGUGCUGAACCUCCAGGCCUUCACCCUGUCAAGAGUCCAGAAACCGCUCAGAAUGCCAGGAGAAUUCCUGAUAUUGACAACCUGCCUGAUAUUGACAACCCGCCUGAUAUUGACAACCUGCCUGAUAUUGACAACCCGCCUGAUAUUGACAAUCUACCCGAUCUUGACCAAAACUCACCUGAUAUGUCCAACAGUACUUCAGAUGGUCCCCUGAUACUCACUGAGUCUAACUCUUAUCAGAGCGACACUGAGUGCUUACCCAAAUCCACCGAACAAGUAGAAAAGACAGCCUUCACUCAAGAAGAAUUACCUGAGGUUGAAUACCCGAGCAUCCAAGGUGAGCAACCUCUAGUUCCAGCAAAGAUAACAGCGAGUACUGAGGAGAAUGGCAGUAAAAGUGCAGAAUCUGAGGAGGAUGGGACAGUCCUGAUGGAUGAAGCGAAGGAAAAGAAGGAAACAGAUAUGAAUGAUUUUGUCAGAAGAUCUGAGAGGAACCGUCAACCACCAAAACGGCUCGACUAUCCGGAGUUAGUCUCUGCUCCUGUCAUAAAGGUGAUUUCCAAUCACAGCAGCAGGGUGGUGUUACAGUGUGAGUCUGCAGGCUGGUAUCCAGAGCCUGAGCUGCUGUGGUUGGACAGUGAGGGAAACCUCCUCUCUGCUGGACCUACAGAGACCCUCAGAGGUCCUGAUGACCUCUAUACUGUCAGCAGCAGAGUGACUGUGGAGAAGAGACACAGCAACAACGUCAUCUGCAGAGUCCAACAGAAGGACAUCAACCAGAGCAGAGAGACACACAUACAUGUUCCAGGUACUAAUAAGAAGCAUCUUCUACAGCCUCAGCAAAUAUUGGCUCUACUUGGUGAUGAUGUGAUUUUACCCUGUUCUCUGAAAACACCUACGGAUGCUUCCCACCUACAGCUGGAGUGGGCGAGAACUGACCUGUCACCAGGAUUUAUCCACGUUUGGGAAAAAAUUAAAGAAAAUGUGGAGUUCAAACAGCCGUCGUACGUGGGGAGAACAUCACUGUCCUCUGACAAACUGAAGCAUGGAGACGUCUCACUGACUCUUUCCAAAGUACAGCUGUCUGAUGAGGGACCGUACAGAUGUUUCAUUCCUCAACUUCCACUGGAGUUAUUUGUUGACCUUAUUGUGGGUUCAGUCUCUGCUCCUGUCAUAAAGGUGAUUUCCAAUCACAGCAGCAAGGUGGUGUUACAGUGUGAGUCUGCAGGCUGGUAUCCAGAGCCUGAGCUGCUGUGGUUGGACGGUGAGGGAAACCUCCUCUCUGCUGGACCUACAGAGACCCUCAGAGGUCCUGAUGACCUCUAUACUGUCAGCAGCAGAGUUACUGUGGAGAAGAGACACAGCAACAACAUCACCUGCAGAGUCCAACAGAAGAACAUCAACCAGAGCAGAGAGACACACAUACAUGUUCCAGUCCAGGGGCAGGAACCAAGGCGAACUGAUGGAGCAGUGGGGGCACUGCAGGGCGGAGCAGACCCCAUGCUUAACUCGUUCUUCGGCCACUUGGCAUAUGUGGUCUAA